ACCCACACUGUCGUCCCGCCACUCUGCCCGCUCAACCCCGCACUCCAGCUCAGCGAUGCAGAACUCCACAACCUCCAUCCACCACCUCCCGGCCGAGAUCCUCUCAGAGGUCUUUCUGUGCUUAUUGAGUUCCAUUUCUCGACACCCUGACAUCAAGAACCCAAUGGUCGCGCUCGAUCGCGUCGUGUCGCUGGUCUGCAAAUCCUGGAGAACUAUCGCGCACGACGAGCCCCGCCUCUGGGUCGAAAUCGUAGCACCAGACCGGAUUCCCGAUGCGCUCGCCCUUGUGCAUCGCUACCUCCCUCGCUCCGGCAGCUUGCCACUCCAUCUCGUGUCGAGAACGUCGCCAGAUGUACUAUUGCCAUUCAUAUCUGCGCUCUCUCCCUAUGCAUCGCGCUGGCGGUCUUGUCAUAUGCGCGGAACGUGCGCGUCGUUUUCGGAGAUGACGCCGGUGGCUACUCCGCUCCUAUCCGGCGCGCGAGUCCAUGUGGACUUGCCUGAGGGCGAGGGAGAGCAGCGCCUCUCGCUGCAUGUUCUCGCUGACGCGCCCUGGCUGUCGCAGCUCACGAUCAUAUGCGUGAACAAAGGCCCUUUCGCAAUCUCGCUCCCGCUCCUGGCGAACCUCACCUUGCUGGAACUCGGUGUGAACACCCACAGCCUUUCCGACCUGUUCGAGUCCUUGCGUUCAUGCCACCGGACCCUGCGCGAGCUCCGCCUCGGGAUCAAGGAAUUUCACAAGCUCACCCUCGAAGGCCAUGGAUCAUGGCCCGUGCUGCAGCUGAUCACACCGCCCGCCCUCCGUUUGAAAGCGCUCAUCAUACGCACGCCUAUCGACCACGGCAUUUUACUCCAGUGCCUCGCGCGCACGCCCAACCUUGUAUCCCUGAGUCUCGGGAUAAGCCCUGCGUCGCGGUUGCUUUUGCGGGGCCUCACCAUCCGUGAUUCUAACGACCCCGGCAUGUUGGUUCCCAGACUGCAGCUCAUGGCGUGUGAUUGCGCCGGAGACCUAGACGCGCUCAACGAGUUCUUCGAAGGAAGGUUGUGGCCGCGGGUCUUGCGCAACGGGACGCGCAUUGAGAUGCGGAUUAUGCUCCCACAAAAGGUCAUGGAUUCCCUGUUGUUGAUUGGGAACCAGUAUGCGCCCGUGGACAACCCUUGGGUGAUGGAAGUGCGCCGGCAGCGAAGGGCGAUGCAGGGCCGAGCUUGAAAACCUCAGGCUACUC